GAACAGUUAGAGAGCGCACCAUACAUCUUCAGACAAGAGUUGACCUAAUAAAAAAGACUUCACAACAAGAGUUGUUCAAACCAAGAGAUGAAGCCAUUUCCUCCCCUCCUGGCAUUGGGAUGGUGCCUGAUGUUCAGCCAGACAGCCCUGUCUACAGAGGAAAGUUUGGGUGGCCCUUUCAUUCACAGUUCAGUGGAGGAGGCAAAGAGACUUGUAGAUGAAGCAUACAAGUACUCCCGAGAAAAGAGUCUGGAGAGAGUGCGUGGGCAGUCCACCAGGCCCUCUGAUGUCAUACGUCUCAUGAAGCAGCCUGCCAGGGACACACGCUCUGCUGUACGGUCUGCAGACUACCUGGAGAACACCCUGAGACUGAUCCAUGAGAAAGUCCACAGCACGCACAGGCUGAAUAAACGCUCGCUCAACGCAACAGACCUGCUUACAGCAGAGCAGCUAGACACCAUUGUCCGGGUAACUGGCUGUGCAGCUCGUGUCAGCAAACCCUCCUGCCACAGCACACCCAACAUGAACAAGUACCGCACAGCCACCAGCGUCUGCAACAACCUGAAGUUCCCUCGUCUUGGAGCCUCAAACACCCCCUUCACUCGUUUCCUGCCUGCUCAGUAUGACGAUGGGGUCUCUCGACCCAAAGGCUGGGACCGAAACACGAGCUUCAACAACUUUGUGCUCCCUCUGGUAAGGGAGGUCUCUAACCGUAUCCUGGCAACCAAUGACUCUGGUAUAGUGAACGAUGGCGAGUUCACACACUUUGUCACCCUCUUUGGCCAGUGGAAUGACCAUGACCUGACAUUCACGCCCUUCUCUCCCAGCAUCCGCUCCUUCAGCAACGGCCUGGACUGUAACGAGAAAUGUGAGCGCUCCGACCCCUGCUUCCCUAUCCAGAUUCCUCCCAGAGACCCACGCUUGCCCACUGGCCCAGACAGCUGCAUCCCAGUCUUCCGAUCAGCGCCCGCAUGCGGCACAGGAGAGUCUGCUUUCAAUUUCGGUGGCGUGGCCACGAAGAGGGAGCAGAUCAAUUCACUGACGGCCUUCCUUGACUUGGGGCAAGUGUACGGCUCUGAGGAGGGGUUGGCACGUGACCUCCGUGACCUCACCAACAAUGGGGGCCUGCUGCGUGUCAACAAAAACUUCACAGACAAAGGGCGCGAGUUUCUACCCUUCACUAAGUUGAAGGGGAACAUGUGUUUCACCCGCAACAGAGUCACCAAUGACACCAAUGCCAGAGAGGUGCCCUGCUUCAUUGCAGGUGAUGGCCGUGUGGAUGAGAACAUAGCAUUGACAUCCAUUCACACAAUGUUCAUGCGUGAGCACAACCGUCUGGCCCGUGCCUUGAGUCGUCUCAAUCCACAAUGGGAUGCUGAGACACUCUAUCAGGAGGCUCGCAAGAUCAUGGGCGCCUACACCCAGUUGUUUGUGUUCCGGGACUACCUGCCGCACAUCGUGGGCCCAGACGCCAUGGCCCGGCAGCUGGGCCGUUACCCUGGAUACAACGAGAAUAUUGAUCCCAGCAUUGCCAACGUGUUUGCUACAGCAGCCUACCGCUUUGCCCACCUGGCCAUCCAGCCCAUUCUGUCCCGCCUGGACAGCAACUACAUGGAGAAUGCCAUGUUCCCCAAUGUGCCUCUGUUCAAGGCCUUCUUCACCCCCUGGAGGCUAGUUUUUGAGGGUGGUAUCGACCCUCUGAUCCGUGGUCUGGUGGGUCGCCCAGCAAAGCUGAACACACAAGAUCACAUGUUGGUGGACGCUGUGAGGGAGAGACUCUUCCAGUUUGUAGAACACCUGGCUCUGGACCUGGGCUCCCUCAACAUGCAGCGUGGACGCGACCAUGGCCUGCCUGGCUACAAUGCUUGGCGUAAAUUCUGUGGGCUCUCAACGCCUAGGAACGAGGCCGAGCUGGGUGCAGUUCUGAACAACAGAGACCUGGCCCGCAGACUGCUGCAGCUCUACGGCACCCCAGCUAACAUUGACGUGUGGAUGGGGGGCGUGGCUGAACCAUUUGUACGCAGUGGCCGCGUAGGGCCUCUCUUUGCCUGCCUCAUCGCCACCCAGUUCCAGAGGAUCCGCCAGGGAGACAGGCUGUGGUAUGAAAACCCAGGCGUCUUCACUUCGGCACAGAGGGCUAGCCUGAGUCGUGCCUCUCUGGGUCGGAUCAUCUGUGACAACACUGGCAUUUUGACCGUGCCGCGUGACCCCUUCAGAAUCCCUGAUAAUAGGAACAACAGACUCAUCAACUGCAGCACUAUCCAGCAAUUAAACCUCCAAUCCUGGAGGGAGAGACCUACAGAGGCCAAACAGCAGAACCAGGACCAUAACCAGCAGGAGGAUCAGAACCAGGAGCAACAACAACAGGACCAGGACAAUGAGAUCCCCUGAUUUGAGGCCCGCUUGACCCUCAGGACCCAGCAGCAACCCAACCCUGCAGUUCUCCACUUUCCAUUAUAUGUAUUGAACUACAUUUAGAAGGAAACAUUUUAUGGUAAUGUUUCAAAUAUAAAUAUAAUCAACAAAGCAGAAAUACAAAAGUAACACACUUAUUAAGCUUGAUACAUAUUACUGCAUACCCAUAUUUCUUUAUGAGCAUACAAAAAUACAUAGUAGCUUUU